AUGGCACGUCGUCGCCCAGCUGGAGGCUCAGACCCACUUAAGAAAGAACCAAGGCUCCCCGAACCUCAGCAUCGAAUCGAAGACCAACAGCACCCCUCCACGACAGCAUGUGGGCGCCGUAAGCAACCAGGAUAUUGUCUAUCCAGCAGAUCCGGACAGAUAUGUUUGCACCUUCCUACAGACAUCUGCGCGGCCAAAAAUCAAGAAAAUCUCAUCUUUGCUGCUAUGAGACGAAGAAUCAUUUGUUGUGAAGUCCUUAGCCCUGGACUGCUCCGGAUCGCCCACAUGUGCAUUGCAGUGAAGAAGGACAGCGAAGUAUGGGUCACUGCGCCGGUUGUGGCUGUCGCUGAGAUGCUCUGA